AUGAUACAGUCCCUGAUCGAGUCAGACUCCCACCACGCGCAAGUUCUCCCCUCCGGCGGGGACAUUGUGAUCAUCUCCCCGAAAGAUGACUGUGAUGAGGUCAGGACGGGCGUUGCUGGUGUCGACUACCGCCUGUUCCAGGGGUCCAAAACCCGCGCCAGGGAAUACCGUGCCUGUUGGACAACCGAUAAGGAAGAUAUGACGACGUACUGGAUCGACAUCGGUACCUUCUGGAUCAACGGCGUUCUCGGUGUUGCGGACAGCAUCGGCAAAGCGCC